GCGCAGAGGGAGCAGCGGUUGUGCUCCGCGGGCCCAAGUCACCGCUGUGGCUGUGCUCCUGCGGCUGCGCAUCCAACUGGGCCAGCAGGCUCAGGUGCCGUGAGUGCGACCGGCGUUGCUCCACCACGAUCGAGGACGCCGCCAGGAAGGCUCACAAGGAGGCGCUCAAGGGCGGGCCCAAGCCAGGCAGCCACCCGCAGCCCCGCGGUGCAUGGGCGCGGCAGAAGCUGGCCCCUUGGGAGCAUGACAAGCUCCAGAGGCAGGACAGCGAGCUGGCUGCCCUGCGGCAGCAAGUCGAGGCACUCAAGGCCGACAGCGCCAAGGCCAAGCUCACUGCACUCAGCGACCUCAGGGAGGAGCUGCAGCUUGGAGGAGGAGAGCAGGCCACGAGCUGCGUCAAGGCCGUCGAGGGACAGCGCAGGAAGCUCGAGGGCCAGCUCCAGAAGGCCCUCUCCAAGGUGGCGGAGCUCGAGGACCAGCGCGGCAAGCUCGACCAGAGGAUCAGCGAGGCCAAGGAUUCGGCCGCCGAGCUCAAGUGCAAGCUGCAGGCGGCGGACGCCGAGAUCGAGUCCCGCCAUGCCGCUGGCGUCCUCGGCGACGGGCUCAGGGGCCUGGCCAAGGUGCUGGAGCAGUUCAAGGCUACGGCUGUGGAGAACCAGGCAGUGUUGCAGGGCCUCAUCCAGCUGCAGGACGUCAUCAAGAAGGAGCAGGAGACCCUGGAGGCAGCGGACGACGCUGCACCUGGCGGCCUCGGGUUUGAUAGCAUGUGGCUAUACACUGUCAACGCGAACACCGAGAAGGGCGAUCGCGACUUCCUCGACUGGCUUGACAGCCAGCACAGCCUCGUGGAGGCUGGGCCGAAGAGGCUGCCAGUCGCAGACAUCACCUUCGUGCAGGAGACGCGUGCGCGUGCUUGUGGCAGGGAGGCAGUCCAGCGUUGGCAUCGGAAGCGCGGGCUCGACUUCGACCUUGCCGCAGGACUCAGCACGGGGGACGGGCCUCAGGCAGUCUCAGGCGGGGUAGGCAUCGGAGUGCGGCAGCGGUUCGCGGCAGCCACGCUCGACGCCGCUUUCAAGCAGCCCCACCGCGUGCUGCGGCGGGUUGUCAACAUUGGCGACGGGCUCGCCAUCGAUCUCCCGUCCAUCUGCCUCCGCGACGGGGAGGGCAUGAGCGAGGCCAACGCAGACAUUAUCUGGGAGGUCGCGUCGCAGCUCAGGGUGGCGGUGCGGCCGUGGAUCCUGGCGGGCGACUUCAACAUGGACCCCCUCAAGGUCGCGGCGUGGGCGGCGACGGCUGGAGGUCUCGCGCUACAUACAGGUACGGCGACCUGCAGGGCGGGGUCGCUUCACGAGCUCGACUACGCAGUCAUCUCCGACGAGCUCCAGCAGUUCGCGCUCAGCCACGGGCCCGCGAUCGAGGCCCCCGUCGGGCCGCGAGAUGCCAUGCAGGAGCGGCUACGGCACGCUGAGGGUUACCUUCUCCCACUCUACGACCUACACGGGGACGAGGCUCAGAAGUUCACUGGCAGGGGCGACGGAGUGCGCUUCGUCAACGCGCCGCUCGCGGACGCCAGCCGCCGCCACCGGGCUCAGCUCAGCCCGCAGGAGACCCACGCCUGGGGCGGCCUGGUCAGCCUGCCGCAGCGCGCAGACCUGCUGGUGGCGCGGGGGAAGGACCCACAGGGCCUGGCCAGCCUGCGUGCACGCCUGGCAGCGCUGCGCCUGGGCGACUACGACGGCACCAUGGCCCCUGUGCCCAGGGAUGAGCUCGGAGCUGCGGCGACCUCCAGCGACCCGGCUUCGAGGAGGAGGCCCAUCGAGCAUGCUAGGGCCCAGCAGCAGGCCUGCCAGCGCAGCGACGCAGCUGCCGCCAGGAGGCAGUGGCAGGACUGGGCCAAAGGCUCGACCACAGGCGGGGGGAAGCUCGCCCACCGCUUCUCCAAGCCUGAGCCGCUGGCCAAGGCGACCCUCGUCACGGAGGACGAGGCCGAGGGGGAGGCCCUACCAGUCAACGGCGACGAGGCAGCGCGGCAUUGCCUCAAGGAGUGGCUUCCGCUCUGGCUAGACCCUCGGCGCAGAGGAGGCCUCGAGGAAGCGGCCAGCUGGGAGGCGCCAGAGCCGCUGCCGAGGCUCGGGGUGGACAGCCUCAGGCACCUGCUCAAGCGGCACGGGAGGUGGGCAGGCCUGGGCUGGAACCAGCUCCACCCGAGGCAGCUGCUCCUCCUCGACGAGCCCUUCCUCGACAGGCUCCUCGACGUGCUGGCCAGCUGGGAGGACGGUCCCGAGGCCUACUUGGACUGGCUCGCUGCCAUCGUCUUCCGCGCCAAGGCGGACGGCGGCAGGAGGCCCAUCGCUUUCACCUGCCUCCAGCUUCGCCUCUGGUCGGCCCUGCGAGGGCCCAUCGUCAGGAAUUGGGAGGCUCAGCGCCACGAAGUUUGGUACAUCGGCGGGGAGCUGAACACGUGCGAGAGGGCAGGUUGGGCGCAUCAGACCCUCACGGCCCUGGCCUACGAGAAAGGCCUCAGCACGGGCACGGACACGGGCUUUCCUGUUAAGCUCCUCAGGGCAUGCUGUGUGUCGUAUUCUGGCUACAGAGUCAUCACGGUCGACGGGGCAUGCAGCUCGCCCUUUCGGGCAACUGGCACGGUGCUGGCAGGCUGCUCCUGCGCGACUGGGAUAGCCAAGCUGCUCCUCUUCCGUUCUUUCAAGAAGGUGGCGGCCUUCUACCCCAGCGUGCGACUGGGCAGCGUUGUCGACGACUUCACGCUCCAGAUUGUGGGCACCACGGGCAUGGUCAAGGUGGCGAAGCAGCUGGGGUCGGAGUGGCCCGCCGAGGACGGCAGGGCGCUGCGCGGCAGGCUGCUAGGCAACGACGUGCACGACGGGCGCUGGGGGCGCACCGUCAUCGGGGCACAGCGGGUCGAGGAUGCUCUUGCAAGGUCUCGGAGGCUGCAGGUGCUGAGGUCAGCUGGAGCCAAGGUGGCCACGGUGCAGAGGGGAGGCCCCACGGCAGCCGCCACCUGGGGCUCGGCCACGACUGGCCUCGCCCCCUCGGUGCUGCACGGGCUUCGUGUAGCCGCAGCGCGUGGAGAAGGGCCUCUAGCGCCAGGUUAUUCGGUCGGCCUGCGGCUGAGGUGCUUCCCCAAAGGCAUCGAGAGAGACCCAGCGGUGGUGAACGCUGGGCAGGUGGUGCUGCAGUUCGGCAUGACGCUCUGGCUGGGCUACCCCACUCCGUUCGCCUUCAACACGCUGCUGGAGAAGGCCAAGCAGCGGUUCUCGACGGCGAGGCGGCCCUGGGCAACCUGCAGAGACCCCGUGGCAGCCUUUUUCCUCACCAUCACCAGGCUUGGCUGGACCAUCGAGGGCGGCAGGCACGUCACCACCGACCAAGGGCUGGAGGUCGACCUGGCCAGAGUCUCGCCCUACUUCAUCGAGGAGCUUGCAGAGGGGGCGGCCAAGAGGUGGUCCGACCGCGACGCCACCUUCAGGCUGUACCCCCACCAGAGCUCGGACCUGUACUGGGGCUCGCUGCAGAGGCUCGGCAGGUCCAAGGAGUCGCUCGGCUGGCAGCAACAUCAGCGAGCGGCUCUCCACUCGGUCAUUUCAGGCACGGUUCUCUCUCAGACGCGGCUCUACAAGAGAGG